CGCCGUCGCCUCCCGUUCCGCUCUCCAGCCGCGCGCGUCUGAAUGGGUUUUGGCGACUUCGCUCUCCGCGAGCAGCUGGCGGUUUGGUUCUGGUGACUCGCUUUCCGUUGGCCACAAACUCUUUGGGCCCGCGUGCGUGGUGCGGGGCCUGUGAGGGGAGCGGCGAUCCCGCCGGCCGCGAUCUCUUUCCCUGGCGGCAGCGGUUUCUUCCUUGGGACAAUAUGUUCAAGAGAAUGGCCGAAUUUGGGCCUGACUCCGGCGGGAGAGUGAAGGGGGUUACUAUUGUGAAACCAAUAGUUUAUGGUAAUGUUGCUAGAUAUUUUGGAAAGAAAAGAGAAGAAGAUGGACACACCCAUCAGUGGACAGUGUAUGUAAAACCAUAUAGAAAUGAGGAUAUGUCAGCAUAUGUGAAGAAAAUCCAGUUUAAAUUACAUGAAAGCUAUGGCAAUCCUUUAAGAGUUGUUACUAAGCCUCCAUACGAAAUUACUGAAACAGGAUGGGGUGAAUUCGAAAUAAUCAUCAAAAUAUUUUUCAUUGACCCUAAUGAAAGACCUGUAACUCUGUAUCAUUUAUUAAAACUGUUUCAGUCAGACACUAAUGCAAUGCUGGGGAAAAAAACAGUGGUUUCAGAGUUCUAUGAUGAAAUGAUAUUUCAAGAUCCAACAGCCAUGAUGCAACAAUUAUUAACAACAUCUCGUCAGCUAACAUUAGGAGCCUAUAAGCAUGAAACAGAAUUUGCAGAACUUGAAGUGAAAACUAGAGAAAAAUUAGAAGCUGCCAAGAAAAAAACAAGCUUUGAAAUUGCGGAGCUUAAAGAGAGAUUAAAAGCAAGUCGUGAAACUAUAAAUUGUUUAAAAAAUGAAAUCAGGAAACUUGAAGAAGAUGAUCAGACAAAAGAGAUAUAAACUGUUCUGAAGAGAACUUGGUAGAAAGCUAAAUCAAAAAUAAGGUGGACUUUAAAGGUUAAAUGGGCUUAAUGCAAAUGGUAUUAUGUUUCUUAGAGGAACUGUAUAUAUAGUUGUCGACCAUGGAUUUCUCAGCUGUGGGUCGAAUAUUUGUACUAUUCAAGAAACCUUAAAUGUGAAAUCUAUGUGUAUAAUAAGAAUGGAUGGUAUAUAGGCAUUUUACCAACUCAUUUUAGGGUAAUUCUUUGUUAAGCACAAUUUUCAAAGAAAUUUUAUUGCAUUAAUACUUAGCUUAUUAUCCUUUCAAAAAACAUCAUAAUUUCAAAUUUGAACUUCUCCCAUAGUUAGAAUUAAUGUGUAUAGUUAAUUUCCUCAAGUUCUUACCUGCCCCCAUUCUAACUCUUGUGCAUGAUAUGCCCAGUAAUUGCUCAGUAAAUGUGGUUUACAGAUCCUGUUUCCAACUCUUGAUUUGUUGCUUCCUUUUUGAAGACCUCCUGAAGCUCCCUCAUUGUAAUUAAUAUAUCUCCAUAGCACUAAGACCACACACAUCUCUUACUGGCACUCAUUGUAGCACACAGAAGCUCUUUUUUUUUUUUUUUAAUGUUGCCACAACUUUAUUAAACAAAAAAUAGAAGUGCAACACAGAAGCUUUUGAUGGCAAAAAUCAUACCACGGUGUGCUUAUUUUUCACAUAGAAAAAUAUUUAAUCCCUCAUGAAUAUUCCAGAGACACAAAGGAAGCAGCUGUAAAUCAGUUUGCCCUAUCAUCUGUAAUUUUUCUACCUUCUCCUCAGCCUCUCCUGAUGACCUCCCCAUGGUGAACCCUCUAUUUUUAGGCUUGUCAAGUUCGAACAUUAAGUAAUACUUCAUCUUUAAGGGCAUAUUGGCUGAACCAUCUUUGGCAAACUAGCAACAAUAACAGGUAGGAAAGUGUUUUGGAGAACAUGUAAUAUUAACAUAAGUUACAUAGCUGCUAAAGAGUGACAGUCAUGCCUGUUGUAAGAAAGGGAUAAGUUUAGCUUUCACAUAGAGACAGCAUGGAAUAAGGAAAAUGGAGGCAGAAUCAGCUUAAACAAGCCCUAUGGUAAAGGGAAGAAAGAGAGAAUCUGUGCCAGCU